UGAGUUCUAUAUAAGACCCUCCUUAACAUCCUUCUAUUAUUUCAGCACAGCUUCCAUAUAUGUUGUGUAUGUAGUCAAGCCCUCAGUCCUACUUCCAAUAUAAUAUUCCAUCCUAUUUCGAUCUUCCCACUAUACCUUAGAUUUUAAUUUCAGCCAUUGCACCAAAAACCCGACGCGAAUUAAAGAUCAAUUCAAAGCAAAAGAUUAGGUUAGGUUAGAUCAGAUCAGAUCAGAUCAGAUCAGAGAAAAUCAUAGUGAAAAUGAAGAAUAGUAAGGUGGCCGUUUUCGUGAAGCAUGUUGUUUCAGUGUUGAGUGCUCUGGCCAAGUCCAAAUCCGUGGCCAUUAGAAACAAAACCGAAGCUAUGAAAGCUCGAAUCAUGCUCUUCUCCUUGAUGAAGAGCCGGAAGCUGUCUCUGCAAGGCCGCCUCGGCAUCGGAGCCAUCUCUCACAAGAUCCACGCCUUGCUCGCCCAACACGCGCACGACGGCGACGCCGAGGAGGAGGAGGAGGCGGCACUGGCCGCCAAGGACCUCGCCAACAGAAACGCCGUAACCGCCUCGGAGAGCACUCACAUUGAGGCGGAGGCGGUUAGCGGAGGACACGAUCAUCAUCAGUACCUGAUUGAUCAAUACAGUUAUUACGACGACGACGAUGAUGACGAUAAGUAUCCGGAUCUCCGGCACUCGCUGUUCGAUGAGGAGGAAGAGGAGGAGGAGGACGAUCCGAACGCGUCGGUGAUCGAGAUGGUUCGGAGCUCGAAGGAAGACGAAGGCGAGAAGUUCAGCCUGGAAGACGAGAUCGACCACGUCGCCGAUUUGUUCAUCAAGAAGUUCCAUAAACGGAUGCGCUUGCAGAAACUCGAAUCGUUCAAGAGGCUUCAGGAGAUGAUUCAGAGAAGUGCAUGAGACCGCUAGCUUGUGCUGCAUCUCAGAAUAAUCCGGCCGCCGGCGCCGGAGAUGUUUCAGUUUUAUUAUUAUUAUUAUUUUUUAAAAUUUAAACUAAUUAUUUUUAACAACUAAUACUCGAUCGCGUUAUUUAGUGAUGCGAGUUUGAAGCAUUUCUAUCAUUAGUUUGAUGAAUGUAUGAUAGUAUCAUUUCGAGUUCAACUAACCGGGUUUGAACUCGCUUCUCUGAUCGGAGGAUUUCUUUUACUACAAUUCCAAUUAAACCAGGGUUAUGAUAAUAUAUUCCGUUCGUUUAAUUGUUAAA